AUGCUCAGGCUCGUGUCCAAGGCCUUCUCCUUCCUUUGGCGGCGGGCUGAGGGCCCGGACGAGGAGGUCGAGACGCGGCAGCGGGAGCCCGAGGAAGGUACCACCAAGCUGAAAACUGUUCAGGGAGUUGUGACAAGAUACUGUAGUGAUUAUGGAAUGAUUGACGACUUGGUGUGCUUCACUAGUGAUGUCGUCACCAGCAGUGUGCCACUGAAUAUUGGCCAGGAAGUGACUGCCAUUGUGGAGGAGGAUAAAAUAUCCAAUGGACUGAAGGCUAUCAGAGUUGAAGCUGUCUCUGAUAAGUGGGAAGAUGACAGCAAAAAUUACUGUGAACUUCCAGAUUCCAGUACCAAAAUUCUGAUUGGCUGUAUUACUUCUCUUGUUGAGGAUGCUGGCUACAUUAAUCAGACAACCUACUUCUCCAUGCAGGAUGUUUGUGAAGGUUUUGAGCCUUGUAAGGGUGAUUGGGUACAAGCUGAAUAUUUCAUUAAGCCAGCCACAUGGAACAGUGAGGCAAUUUCUGUGAAGCCACUGAGAUACAAACGAGUAGAUCAGGUUUGCAUUUCCAGUCUCUGUGGAAGAAAUGGGGUAAUCGAUGAUAGCAUCUUUUUCACUUUGGAUUCCCUGAGACUUCCUGAAGGCUAUAAACCUCGGAAAUCUGAUGUGGUCAAUGUGGUGGUGGUGGAGAGUAACCAGUCAUGCUAUAUUUGGCGGGCCCUAUGCAUGGCUCCUGUUGAAAGGUGAGACUCAGCAGUGGGUGAAGUAGGAGUUGACGAGUCAUAUGGAACCCUUCUCUUGAAAAACAAAGGAGGUCUUGAAGUUACAAAAAUGACAAAUUUUGGAACCUUAAAAGAAGGAGAAAGUAAAAACAUGGUCAUCUGGAUAGAGAAUCCUGGCCGUUGCAUGGAUCUCCUUUUGCUUUGUUUUUCUGAUUUUGUUAUUGGGCGUUACAUCGAAGUGAACGUAGUAAGUGAAGAAGAGUUACUCAUAGCUGUCACAGAACCAUUUUCUUGGAAAAAGUCUAAAGCUGCCCAAGCUCUGACGUCUCCCAAGACAACCGUGGUGGUGACAACGCAGAAAAGAAAUCUAAGAAGACAGUUGCCAAGUUUCCUCCCUCAAUAUCCCAUACCAGAUAGACUAAAAAGAUGUGUGGAACAACAACUAGAUAUAUUAACUUUUCAGCCGUUGCUUGCAGAGCUGCUGAAUAUGUCAAACUAUAAAGAUAAGUUUUCCACUUUGCUGUGGCUUGAAGAAAUUCAUGCAGAGCUAGAAAUCAGGGAGUUCUAUAUGAGUGGAGUGAUUUUGAAAAAGAAUGGGAAUUACUUGGUUUUGGAGGUUCCAGGAUUGGCAGAGAGUCGCCCAUCCUUGUACGCAGGGGACAAAGUGAUUUUAAAAAGCCAGGACUACAAUGAGCACGUUAUCGAGUACAUUGGCUAUGUGACUGAGAUUCAUGAAGAAGAUGUCACCCUUAAACUCAAUCCAGAGUUUGAAGAAGCCUACAACUUUGAGCCAAUGGAUGUGGAGUUUACUUUCAAUCGUACAACCAGCAGAAGAUGCCACUUUGCGGUUGAGCAGGCAAUACACCUCGGUGAAAAAGUAUUAUUUCCAGAAAGUAUCAUUUUACAGUCUCCACAAGUUUCUGGGACUUGGAACUAUUUGCAGGAUACAGCUAAUGAUGAACAGUCUGCUCUUAAGCAAGGAAAUAAGAAUAAGAAAAAGCCAAAGGAACCAAAGGAACACAUGGCAAAGAAGAAAAAUGCCAGUUCCAUUCACGACAUGGUGACAUUUGCCACACAGACAAUGAAUGGAGUACAAGCCUCUAAAUCGAAGGAGAGUGAAUUUUUCAACCCAGUUCUAAAUGAGAAGCAGAAACUAGCAGUUAGAAGAAUCUUAAGUGGGGACUGUCGGCCAAUCCCAUACAUUCUUUUUGGACCUCCAGGAACUGGAAAGACAGUGACCAUAAUAGAAGCUGUUUUACAGAUUCAUUCUACUUUACCAGACAGUAGGAUUCUGGUCUGUGCCCCAUCCAACAGUGCCACCGACCUCGUUUGUAUGCGGCUGCAUGAGAGCAAAGUGCUUGCCCCGGGUGCCAUGGUGAGAGUGAACGCUACCUGCAGAUUCGAGGAGACUAUCAGUGAUACUGUCAGACUCUACUGCAAAGAUGGGGAAGAUGUCUGGAAGGCAUCUCGAUACAGAAUAAUCAUCACUACCUGCAGUAGCUCUGGACUGUUCUACCAGAUUGGAGUGAGAAUUGGACAUUUCACACAUGUUUUUGUGGAUGAAGCAGGACAAGCAAGUGAGCCAGAAUGCCUCAUUCCUUUGGGUUUGGUCUCCGAAGUUAACGGCCAGAUUGUGCUUGCUGGAGAUCCCAUGCAGCUCGGCCCAGUCAUCAAGUCCCGGCUAGCUCUGGCGUAUGGAUUAAACGUGUCCAUGUUGGAAAGACUCAUGUCCCGGCCCUUGUAUCUGAGAGAUGAGAACGCUUUUGGUGCUUGUGGAUCCUACAAUCCUUUGUUGGUUACAAAGCUUGUGAAGAACUACAGGUCCCAUUCUGCAUUGCUCUCAUUGCCAUCUAAGCUCUUUUACUAUAAAGAACUGGAGUUCUGUGCUGAUACUGAAGUGGUCAACUCCUUGUUGGGUUGGGAAAAACUACCCAAGAAAGGCUUCCCUCUGAUUUUCCAUGGCAUGAGGGGUAGUGAAACACGUGAAGGAAGAAGUCCAUCUUGGUUCAAUCCGGCUGAAGCAGUUCAAGUGAUGCGUUAUUGCUGCCUCCUCACAAAGCACAUUUCCAGUGUAGUGUCAGUGAUGGACAUUGGAGUCAUCACCCCCUACAGAAAGCAGGUGGAGAAAAUCCGAGUUCUUUUGCGAAAUGUUGAUCUAAUGGACAUAAAGGUUGGCUCUGUGGAAGAAUUUCAAGGACAAGAAUACUUGGUUAUUAUCAUCUCAACGGUACGGUCAAAUGAAGACAAGUUUGAGGAUGAUCGAUUUUUUUUGGGCUUCUUGGCCAACUCGAAAAGAUUUAAUGUUGCAAUCACCAGACCCAAAGCUUUGUUGAUUGUGCUGGGAAACCCUCAUGUCCUUGUCAAGGAUCCUUGUUUCAGUGCUUUGCUGGAAUAUAGUUUAACCAAUGGGGCCUACAUAGGCUGUGAUUUACCUCCUGAACUACAGGCCCUCCAAGGCCAGGACUAGGGCUGACAUGGGCCUGUGCACGCUUUCUCCACUGCCGCUGAGCCUGGGAGCUCGAGCACGAGACGAAUCAUGAGUGUCUCCGUCGGCAGGAAAUGGCAGAUGGGUCCCCGGCCUACCGUUCCCCCAUUUAUUUCUGCCUCCUCUUGCCGGCCACCAGUGUGUGGGCUUUUGGCCUCAUUUUUGUGGCUUCAUCCACAGCUCAAGUAGCUGGGGCGAGGGCGCCAAGGAGCAUGGCGGGCGCCUCUUCCUCCCGGCCAGCACUGCCACUUGGACAAGUCAUGUCAGAAAUGAGCCUCGGAGCUGCUGCUCUGAAAUGUGCUCUCGUCUCAGAACACGUUCUGUUCAGCCUUUACAAAUAAACACAAUCAUAGGA